CAAAAUCGUUCAAAACAAAAUGUUGAUCGCCGAUUUGUUAUCUUAAGAUUUGUCUUAUAAUGGAUGUGGAUUGGGUAGAUGAUGAUGAUGACCUGGUGGCGGCUUUAGCAGAACAUGAACAACUGGAAACCGAGGAGAAUGACAGAUCGAAAGGAAAAUCACUGUCAGAUGAAGCCUGCGAAGGGUUUGAUAUGGCCACCGGGCACAACUGGAUCUACCCAAACAAUCUGCCCCUGAGAUCCUAUCAACAAAACAUCGUCCAGACGGCGCUAUUCAAAAACACCCUGGUGGUGCUUCCAACAGGAUUGGGAAAGACCUUCAUAGCGGCGGUGCUGAUGUACAACUUCUACAGGUGGUAUCCCAACGGAAAGAUCGUGUUCAUGGCACCCACCAGGCCUCUGGUGUCGCAGCAGAUACAUGCCUCCCAGAAGAUAAUGCCAUUCGCCUCGGCCGAUACUGUGCAACUUACAGGCCAGCUUCCGAGAACCAAACGAGCUGAACUAUGGGCCACCAAGCGCGUCUUCUUUGCCACGCCCCAGGUGGUGCACUCCGACAUGCUGGAGGCGGAUGGCGUGCCCAUCUUUCCCUUUGGGUCCAUAAAGUUAAUGGUGGUAGAUGAGGCGCACCGGGCCAAAGGUCGUUAUGCGUACACCCAAGUGGCCGACUGUCAAAUGGCGCGGAACAGGAACUUCCGAAUGCUUGCUCUGUCUGCCACUCCGGGAAGAACCAUGGAGGAUGUGGCAACAGUGUGUCAAAACCUUUACAUCUCGAAUCUGCAGGUUCGCUGGGACACCUCGAUUGAUGUACAGCCCUACAUACACAGACGGACCAUUCGAACUAUAGUAGUCUCCCUGAAGGAAAGGAUCAAGGAGCCGAGGGAACGAUUGCUGCAGAUCAUCGAACCUUAUCUACGCCAGCUGAUAGAAGCAGAAAUUAUUAGAGGCAACAAGGGGAGCGUGAGCAAAAACAGUUUGCUCUAUGAACAGAAAUCCUUCACUGAGCGCUCGAAGCAAGGGCAGCGACAUCCUGAUCACAGCAUUAUAAUGGGAAACUUUGCCAUGUGCAUCAGUAUGUAUCACUCGCUGGAACUGAUGGAGCGCCAUGGUCUGCGGGUUUUUGUCAACAAUUUUGAUGCAGACGAGGACGGGCGUGAGAAAUUUGUUCUAGCAAGAGAUGGUGAUUUGAGGAACUUGGUGGAGGAAGUGCGACAGGGACUGGGUGCCAAUCCACUGGAUUACACAACAAAUGCCAUGACGAACGGAGAAGUGCCUUCGUUGCCCGCGAAUCUGGACUUUGGACAUGCCAAGUAUGAGAAGUUGCGAGAGGUGUUGGUGCAGCACUUUAAGUCGAGUUCCGAAUCCCGCGCCAUUGUGUUUUGCGAGUACCGUGAGUCCGUCAUGCUGAUCCACCGACUACUCCUUCAGCACAGACCGGUACUGCGACCGCGCUGCUUUGUUGGCCAGGGCAGCACCGUGGGAGCCAGCUGUGCUCUUACCCAGAAGCAGCAGAUACAGAUCAUGGCUGACUUUCGAUCAGGCGUUAGCAAUGUAUUGGUGGCCACGUCGAUCGGAGAGGAGGGCAUAGACGUUGGCGAGGUAGAGAUGAUAGUAUGCUUCGAUAUCUGCAGCUCUAAUCCCACGAGAUUCGUUCAAAGGAUCGGGCGAACUGGAAGAAAGAAGAACGGGGAGGUGGUUAUGCUGGUUACGGAAGGACGAGAACAACAAGUUCUUAGGGAUGUUCUGGCGAACAAAGAUCAGAUUAACAAAAAGCUAUUGAACUCAUCGAUCGUCAAAUUGUCGCUAAACCAACAUAGUUCACGAAUGGUGCCCUCACAAUUUCAACCGAAGUGCGAAGAGAAGCACAUGGAACCUGUUGCGGAGGAGAAACCCAAGCCUUCGAUAUCUGCCAAGACUAAGGAAAACAAGAAACUGAAGCAAUCUGUUGUUAAGCCUGGCAGCCUCAGGAAAUAUUUCAAGGAAAGCACCACAUCGGAGAGUCAGCAGGGAAUCCUUGAGGGAAUGCGGCCCUACCAAAUGAGCGAUGCAUCCCAGCAAAUGGUCAAACAGCAAGUGCUGCGACGCAGUGUUAAUCUGAAGAAUUUCUUAGUAGAAUCUCAAGCCAGUGCAACUAUAACUAACAGCCAGGAAGACGCUCAACGCCUGCGAAAACUUACUCGUAUCAUUCAGUCAAAGAAGGCAUUGACCGCGGACACCCAAGAUCUUAUAAGUCAUCUGCGGGAUGAGCAGUUACCCAGAACAUUAAAGAUCUACUUGCUGAAGAGCAAUACGGAUUUCAUAAGGGAAAUACAUGAAAAGAUGCAGGUCCAACGUGAGUUGAACAUUGCCGAUGAACGUCUUAAUAGCCGACAGCAGCGUACUAAAAAUAAUUAUCAGCUUCUUCUCGACAUUUGCGAAGGAGCUGAAAAGUUGGAAGAGCUCCUUCGGGAGGAAAAUAAUCUUGCAGAAUUCAGCUUCAGAGAUCUAAAGGAUCCCAUAGAUAAGCAAAGGGAGAAAGAGUUCCUUACCACCUGUGAUAAGAUAUUCGAGGGUCUAGAUGAGCAAGGUCUAAACUUUGAUAAUUUUGAGCUAAAGCAAGAACUUCUUGAAAAACUGGAACUGCGAAAUUUGGAAGUCACAGUAAAUGAGCAACUUGGUAAUGUUGAAGCUUCCUGGACAGAGGAGGAGUUUGAAGAACGGGAGGAAGAGGUGAAAAGUGAGUCCGUGUACCUGAGCCAGCAACUGAAUUUUUCAGCGAUAGAUGCAGCGCCCCAUAGCUCCACGCCCAUAAGGGUGAAGCCCAAAACCAGACACAAAUUCGAUCCUGUGCAAGAGGAGAAGGAAGAUGAUUACAACUCCCGGGUAGAGGCCAGCGAUUUGAGUGACAACCUGGGUCGGUUGAACUUAUUAAUGAUCUCCAGUGAAUCAAUUUUUAAGACUGAAGCGUUAGAUAUAUCCACCCCUGAGCCUAUUCCAGAAUCCAAUCCGGAAGCUAAUAAGAUUUCUAUUGUACAAGAAAGUGAAAUAUUUCCAAUGGACUUGGACGAGACAAAGGUGGAGGCUAGGUCCACUCCAGAUUUGAAAACGCAAGCAGAAUCCACUAUAGAUGAUUUGGAUAUCGACUUAGAUGAUUUUCUGGAGCCAAUGGACGAGGAAGUCAAGCUGAAUACUGAGAUAAAGGAAAAAGAAUCAAAAAGUAUUACGAAUACUGAGUCAGAGGAAGUGGCGGUAGCAAGUCCGAAAAAAGAAAAUAUUUGCCAGGAUGAUCUCGAUCUAAUGGCCGUAGAUUUCAAUGAAUUCCUUGAACCGAUGGCAGAGGAACUUCAGUUAACUAAUCAGCUAACACAGGAUGAUUUUAAGGAUUUCCUAGAGCCAAUGUCAGAGGAAUUAGAACUAAUGAGCCAACAGAAGAAGCAGUUGUUGUCACCAAAUGCAAAAACCAAAAAUAACCAACUGUCCGUAGCACGAACCGAACAGAAUUGUCGUACUGUUUCGCCAGAUAUCUUUGGCAGUGACUCAUUGUCACCUUGGAAGCCACAAGGUAAAACUCUGGCCUCAAAAUUGGCAGCCAAGACAGAAGCGAAGGCUUUGCCUAAAACUCCUCCAAAUUCAAAUCCAGUAACCCUUAAUUCGCCAGAAAGCCGUAACCGCACAAAUCCUAUGACUCAAGACAAAUCUCCGAGUAUCUUCUAUCUAUAUUUGAAUCGAAUGCGAGGUCGAGGGCGUCUUGCCAAAGCUGCUGAAAACCUGCAUCGUCUGACUUCAACAAACACCUCUAUAUCAUUGCAUAAGGACGAAGAAGAUUCGCCAAUUCCACGUCGUCCUUUAAAGCGCAAGAUUGUCAUAAGCUCUGAUGAGGAGGACGAAGAGAAGCAGCAGAUACCAGAAACCGAAGUGGACUUCGAUACGAGUGACUGCAUCCUAAUUGCCGACACUCAAAUGCCUGAUACGCCCACACCUCCGCCGAGACCCCGACGAAAACAGAGUAAAUUCAAUUCCUUUAUUUUGGAUGAGGCAGAUAAAAGCGGUUCGGAUCAUGAAGAGGAAGGAGAAACCACUAUUGGUGCAUAUCUGAAGGACUCUGUGAUAGUUUCCAGCGAUGACGAUGACCACAACGACACAAACACACAUGCCAUUUACCUCCGUGCAAUGAAGAGCCCCAUUCAAAGGCCAGGUGCAUUUAAGAUGCCGCCACCUCGAGUAUAUCGCGACGAAUCCCACAUAUUCUCUCAACCAUUUGAGGACGAUUCCUCACAGUACAUGCAAUGUUCCUUUGUUGUUGACGAUGAAAGUUCAACGAUUGAAAGGGGGCAUGAUGUUUCCGAGUGUCCACUUGAGAAAGCCGAACGCAUUCUAAAGGAGCGACGGAAACAGCGCCGGCUAGCCAAGUUGAUACCAGAACCUGCCAAUAAACGAAGACGUUUGCAGAUCAUAAGCACUUCCAGCGAUGAAGAGUAGCGUCACUUCUCAAUGCCAUUGUAUUAAUUCCUUUGUAAUUUGUUAAAUUUAUUCCGAUUUUAUCUUGUUUGAUUUAAAGUUACUAAUUAAGUGUACAUUUGUAUGUCGAAAUGUGAUAGAGAUCUUUAGAAGUCAAAUUGAUUUAUGAUAGCAGAUGGAAAUAUAUGUAUAUUUGUGAAUAAAAUAUUCGUAGGACU